CCUGUUGAAAAGAGGGGCGUUACCACUACCCUAUAUCUGGGGAAAGUCCCCUUUACAUGUGUCAUAAACAUGAUGAAGGUAGUGUUCCUGUGUAAAGGAACCAGAGGAGAUGUGCUUCCUUUGCUGUCCAUUGCAAUAGCAUAUAAGCAUGAACAUAUUGCCGAUGACGUGGUAGUUGUGUGUACAGCGUCUUCCAUAGCCGGUGUGGAAGAAUCGUUAGCUCAGGAGGGAAUUCAAAUUAUAUCGUCUCUGCCCAAGGUGGUGGUAUCAACAGAUGCUGCAAAGUUGCAACUGUUGAAGCAUGAAGCAAGUAUUUGUUACCAGGCAUGCAUCAGUGCAAAGUUAGUGGUCUUCAAUCUGUUCUCAUUGGAAGGCUAUUUCAUUGCUCAAGAACUAAGCAUACCGUGCAUAGCAACCUCUCCUUUCCUGCUCAACAGAACUCCACCAACUGGAUUCAAAGAGAAGCUAUCUCAAGAAUUGCCUGACUUAUUUCAAGCUCUCACAUCAUCGUAUACCAGUGGUGAGGUGGUGUCCUAUGCAGAGGUUGAUCACUGGAUGUGGAGGCUGUUUCUUGAUGACUAUGGCUCUGUGUGCGACCACCUAGGUCUCUCCUCCACUACUCCACUCUCUGAUGUUUCACUCCCUCCCUCCACCACCCUGCUGUAUGGGAUCAGCUCAAUACUGUCCCCAAGGCAGCCCUACUGGCCCAAAAGUGUGCAUCUGUGUGGCUACUGGUACCCUCCUCUUGUCCUCCAAGGCUCACCUCCGGCAGGGCUGUCUACUAUGGUAGAGCAGUUUACUAAACCCCUUGUCUAUAUUGGCUUUGGAUCUAUGGAGGGUUUCAUGUUGGACGUGAACUGGGCUACACUAUUUACUGUGCUUAAUACAGCACUUAAAGAAGUGAAUAUGGAGGGAAUUUUUCAGUGCAAAGAAAAUGGACGAAUACAAAAAACAUUUGAUAAACUAUCAAAUGAACUACACAAUUUGAGACUUUGGAGUUUGGUUGCACCGCAUCAGUGGCUGUUUCAGAAGUGUGCGGCCAUCUUGCAUCACGGUGGUUCUGGUACUGUAGCUACUUCUCUGCUAGCCAAGAGACCUCAACUCAUCUGUCCUGUUAUGUUUGAUCAAGAACAUUGGGCGGAGAUUGUAGUAUGGAAAAAUCUCGGAGUUCGAUUGAGCCCGGCAAACAAUUUGACUGUGGAAGAAUUGAGAACAAAAUUGACACUUAUAACAAAUACAGAAAUGAAUGACAGUAUAGAUUGUGUGUAUACAGAAAUUGUAAAGGAAAACGGCGUUAAAAAUGCAUUAAUUGAAAUUGAUAAGAUUUUGCACAAAUGA